AUGAGCGCAGCAGGGGAGAAGCACAAGGAAAUACGGCGCCCCUGCCAACAUGCAACGCACAGCAGCAGGCGUGACCCCCACGAUGGCAUAUGCAGUGAGCUCCGGGUCCAAAAUGCGGUCCACCUGGGGGGGGGGGGGGGGAAAGAAAAUGCGAUCGGAAUAUGGAGGGCACGCACACAAGCAGUGGCUGCAGCAGCAGCAGCAGCAGCAGCAGCAGCAGCAGCAGCAGCAGCAGCAGCAGCAGCAGCAGCAGCAGCAGCAGCAGCAGCAGCAGCAGCAGCAGCAGCAGCAGCAGCAGCAGCAGCAGCAGCAGCAGCAGCAGCAGCAGCAGCAGCAGCAGCAGCAGCAGCAGCAGCAGCAGCAGCAGCAGCAGCAGCAGCAGCAGCAGCAGCAGCAGCAGCAGCAGCAGCAGCAGCAGCAGCAGCAGCAGCAGCAGCAGCAGCAGCAGCAGCAGCAGCAGCAGCAGCAGCAGCAGCAGCAGCAGCAGCAGCAGCAGCAGCAGCAGCAGCAGCAGCAGCAGCAGCAGCAGCAGCAGCAGCAGCAGCAGCAGCAGCAGCAGCAGCAGCAGCAGCAGCAGCAGCAGCAGCAGCAGCAGCAGCAGCAGCAGCAGCAGCAGCAGCAGCAGCAGCAGCAGCAGCAGCAGCAGCAGCAGCAGCAGCAGCAGCAGCAGCAGCAGCAGCAGCAGCAGCAGCAGCAGCAGCAGCAGCAGCAGCAGCAGCAGCAGCAGCAGCAGCAGCAGCAGCAGCAGCAGCAGCAGCAGCAGCAGCAGCAGCAGCAGCAGCAGCAGCAGCAGCAGCAGCAGCAGCAGCAGCAGCAGCAGCAGCAGCAGCAGCAGCAGCAGCAGCAGCAGCAGCAGCAGCAGCAGCAGCAGCAGCAGCAGCAGCAGCAGCAGCAGCAGCAGCAGCAGUCACCCCCGCGAUGGCAUACGCAGUCAGGUCCGGGUAUAGAAUGCGCUCCACCUGGGAGGGGGGAGAGAGGAGGGGGCAGGAAGGAGGGGAACACAGGAAGGACGGUAGGCAGGCAAACAGUUCAUGGGAGGAGGGAGGAAGCACCGUCAUGCUUGACGGUGCCUGCAUGCAUGCCCUUCAUGCUUGA